AUGGUUCUCAACGGCAGUUGCAUGUGUGGCGGUGUCCAAUACGCUGUUCAAGCGGAGGAAUAUAUGAGUGCUCUCUGCCACUGCACUGAUUGUCAGAAGGUACCUUCACCUAGCCAUCCCAUACCCGAUCUUAUCUCCUCCCCAAAACAAAAUGCUCAUGUGGCACAGUGGACCGGAGGCGCUUUCACCUCCAACGCCGUCGUUCCCCGCACCAGCUUCAAGGUCACCAAGGGAACAUGCACCUCCUACGACGCCAAGGGUGCUAGCGGCAAGAUCAACAAGCACUUCUUCUGCCCGACCUGCGGCUCGGGAAUUUACACCGAGCUUGAGAUCAUGCCUGAUAUGACCUGCGUUAAGGCCGGGACCCUGGAUAACAAGGGUACUGAGUUGAAUGGCAAGAUUGAUGUUGAGCUUUACGUUAAGGAUCGUACUGGGUACCUCUCUGCUGUGGAGGGUGCUAAGCAGGCCCAGACUAUGGAGUAG